AUGUCAACAUUUUCGCGUCAAGACCAACUUCCGAAUCUUCCGGUGCCACCGCUUGUGGAGACUCUCGAAAAGUACCUGGAUUCAGGUAACAUCAUUAAAAAUGUUGUAAGAAAAGCUCUAUUUUCAGCUUCCGCUCUGUUAACCGCCGACGAAAAAACGCGUUUGGAGAAGGAGAUUCACGAAUUUCAGCACUCGGAACUCGGCAUUCAAUUGCAGACGGCACUCGAGAACCGAGCGAAAAAUCAUAAGAAUUGGGUGGGUUUUUUAGGAAAUCGAUAAUAUCGUUUGUCGUGUGUGUCCUCUAGACGAUUUUUCAAAUUCAAAAGAUAUUCGAGUACAGUAAUAUAUGUACAUAAAGUUUGUUGAAAACAGAAAAACAAACAAGGUUCUAUAGAAGAGAGAUAGCCUAAAGUUGAUUUGAUAAGGAAUAGAUAUUGCGCCUGUGAUCGAUGAUGGCCACGUUUCUGAUCAAUUUGUAUUACAUGUUCAGUUGGGGUCAAAGUCUUCGCAUGCCACUCUUAAGAUGAUCUAAAAUCUGUACUAUGUCUUGUACCAAAAAAAGGCCGACCUUUCUAUGAGUCAAAAUUUGCAACAAACAACAGCAACAGUGUUUGCAGCUCGAGGACUGGUGGUACAACGCCUACACGGAGAUCCGUGAGCCACUGGCGCCGUACGUGUCAUUCGGAGCACUUAGUACUUUGUACAAUUGUGUGGAUGGAGGACAAGUGAGCCGUGCGGCCGAUGUACUCCAUCAUUGGAUUGUCGUCUGGGACAAGAUUCGGCAGUGAGUUUAUCGGGUUUUUACUCGGCAAAAUCCGGUCCGACGGCCGUCCCGGGUGGCCAAAUCGCAGAAAGAAAGAAACUGACUAUUAUUGAACUAUCAUUUUCAGUUCAAAAUGGCCGGUGACGUCAUCUCGUGGCGUCACCUGGGACAUGGCCCAAUUCCAUCAUCUGUUUUCGUCGGUCCGAACGCCAAGAAAGCCCCGCGACACUAUGGAUCGCUUUUUUAAGACCAGUCAGUUUAUUGUAGAUAAGAAAACGAGAUGAUAAAAAAAAAGUUGUAUCACUUCUAAAAUGUGGAAAAACCAUCGAAAUGUUUUGCAGAAGAGGAAGGAGACACGCCAUGCCACGUCAUCAUCUGCUGCAACGGAUGCUUCUGGAAACUGAACAUUUUGAACGAGGAGGAGGACACCGUCAAAUCCCCCGAUGAGCUUUAUAAUGUAACCAUCCGUUUAAGACUACACUAUUUAGUGAAAAGAAAUCCCGAAAGAGCUUCGUAUCGUUAUUGAACCGUUGAAAUUUCAGAUGCUAAAAUUCGUGAAAGAGAAUUCGUCGGACGAGUCGAAGACGUGUGUGAGCAAGCUCACGACCACCCAUCGAGAUGUUUGGGCGACGGUUGGAGAAUAGUGUGUACCUACAAUUUAUCGCUUCUUUUUUUUUAAAGAACCGCGACGAUUUGCUGCGUGUGAGCCAGGCGAAUCAAGAUCAUUUGGGCGACAUCGAGCGCAGCAUUUUGUUCAUGUCUCUGGUACCCAAAAAUGGUGGAAAUGAUCAGCAAAAGGUGCGGAUUUUGAGAGCUAUUCAGAUAAAUGCAUUUUAUAAGUUCAUAUUCAGUUGAUGUCAAACGCUCUUCAAGACGAAAGUUGGUUUGUGUGGCAGGAUAAGUCUGUCAGUAUUACCGUGUACGAGGAUGCUCAAGUCAUGGUUCAAGGAGAUGUAAGUUUGAUUUAUCGAUAAAUUUUGGUUGCAAAAUGUCCUCUUUUUAGCACUCGAACAUCGACGCAAUAGUUCUGCUGCAAGUGGGCGACCACGUGGCUUCGCGUGUCCGGAAACAACUUUGGCACCCGGCCAAAACGGGCUCCGACGAACACUUUGAGUUCCCCGAACGAAUGAUUUUCGAGCUCAGCGAGUCACUCCGCCACGCCGUUUCCCUAGCUGACGUGGAGUUUUAUAAGAGUGUAAGUGUUUAUUCAAACCGACGUAUCUCAGCUCCCUGUGAAGUUACCAAAAAGGUGUCAACUGAUGAAAUGUGCCAAAUGGUUUUCUGAACACAUUCUCAGUUGACAACUUCUCGAUAUCUCAACUGGCGGCUGAGAUAUGGAGGAGAAUUGCAGAAGCAACUAUACCGAGCGCGCGGAGUUCACUUCUCCGGAUACGGUAACGACGUGUGCCGGACCGCAAAAGUCUAUACGGAUACUGUAGUUCAACUGGCGUUGCAGUUGGCCUUUUUGAAGACUCAUGGAAGGUUUGUGAUCGGAUAAUGUUUUCUAUCUGCAAAAUAAUCGAACUUCUCUUAAAUUAGGUCUUAAAAGAACCUUACCUAACUGAGAGUGCCUGGAUUGUGACUGUAUUGAAAUUUUCCGUUAUUUUAACUUUGGUAUUAUGUCGAGAGAUAUUACAGUAACAAAUAAUUUUCAGCUUCGCUCCAGUCUACGAAACCGCCUCAACUCGCAAAUUUUUCCACGGACGCACUGAAACAGUGCGUGGAUGCACCCAACCAUUCAUCCGUUUUGCAAAAGCACUCUUAGUCGAUCCAAAGGUAAAUCAGUCUGUACUUAUGCUCAUUUUCUACUUAUUACAAGAUCAUUGGAAAUGAGCUAACGCUCGGAAGCGGCUUAUCCUGUUAGUUUCUCAGAAGGUUCAACGUCUUGUUACCUAAUCAUUUUUUUUUCUACAAAACAACCACAACUCUGAACGAAACUUUUUUCAGACCGACAAAGAGCACCUCAAAAAGUUGUUCGACUCGGCGGUACACGCGCACAAUCAGUUGAUGGCCGAUUGUAUGGACGGACGAGGUAACCGAUUUUUUUUUAUUACAAUUCUGAACUGUAAUGAGCUUAUCCCAGUGUAAAACCGACAAAAAAACUAGAAGAAAUCCGAAUCUGAUCCUUCGUCGGGGUUUCAGUUCAGUUGCGUUAUCAGAUUUCCAGAUUUUUGUGUAGUAGACCACGAAUUAUUUUAUGUUUAGAAGAUUAAGCGAAAAUUCUCACAUUCAGGGCUGGGGGCAAUUGACAGACCCUUGUCCUGAACUUUUGAACCACUUUGCAGGCUUCUUGUACGUGGAUUGAAGUAUUCUGGGUCCGAGUUUCAGCCUGAUGAUCGGAUUAUUUACUGUACAAGAUAUAGUGCUUUAGGGCCGGUUUUGGCCAAAUAUUCCUUGGACCCAAUACACUUCAAUCCAUGUCCAAGGAGCCUGCAAAGAAUAUAGAAAGUGGGUCAAAAGGAAAAAUCGUACCUGUCAGGAUUCGACCGUCACUUGAUGGGUCUCAAACAGACGCUGGCCAUCAUGAACAAAGGAUGUGGUCCCAAACGGACGGUCCCGUCGUUCCUGCGGGAUGACACGUGGAAGAGGACCGGAGGAGACGGAAACUUCCUGCUUUCCACAAGGUAAAUAUCAUUUUCCACGAAAAAUCACAUUUUCGGAGAUUUCUCGAAUAAUUGUUUGCCUUACAAUAUCCCAAAACUGUAACUUUUGCAGUUUCAUCGGUUACAUGGACGGAAAUCAGCCGGGAACUUUUGGAUUCGUGGCCGCAAUGCGUCCGGACGGCUACGGAUGUUUCUACCGUAUCGGAAAGACCAGGUGGGAGGCCUAGAAAUCCCCGAAAGGUGGUCAAACUUUACUAUUUUACAGAAUCUCGGUCGCCGUCUCCGAUUGGGUCAAUUCUCGAUCGAAUAUUGACGCGUUCGCAGCUAACAUUCAAUGGGCUUUCGACGCUUUGAGCCCUUUCCUGACGCCGGCGCACAAAUUAUGA